AGAUGGCAGGGGCGUCUUGGAAAGGAAAUCUUCAAUAUCGGCCACGUUUACCGUGUCAGUGUGUUUACAAUUCCCUCCAGUCACGUUGCAUUAGGUUAGGAUCGUCAUUCACGCCGAGGAUUCGCAUCGUUGUGGAGAGUUUACGUCGAGUUUUAUAGUUCAAAUUAUUUAGACAAGAAAACGCCGCAAAAAUGAAAAGAAAUUUGCGAGGUAAGCACACUCAGGUAAUAAUUGAGCUGUCAGAUUCCGACGACAGUGACUGUAAGGUAUCUAAAAGCUCCGAAGAUGAGGACUAUGUGGUAGAGCAAAGUAACAGGAAACAGAAAAUCGCAGCCAAUAAGAGAGUGCCAGGAAAGAACAGAAUGACGAGAGGUACACAGAACAAAGAUGUUAAAUCUGUCAAGAGAAAAAAUCAAGAAGACUGCUCGGAGAGCACAUUUAGCAACAAAAGACUGAAGCCAGAGGAAGACUCGUCGCACGUUGAUUCUACGGACGCGAGGGUGCUGCAGGAAAAUCGAAAGAAUCUAGUCAAAGCUCACGCAAAGGAAGACGUGAAUUUAGGAGAGGUAUUGAACUCCCUUCCGCAGUGCGCGGAAUGGACCGACGUUGACUACAUGAGCGAAAUCAACAAUGUGGACAGACGCAUCGUGGAGAACGUGGUGAGACUUUUCAAGGAGGACAACACUAUACCCUUUAUCGCGAGAUACAGGAAGAACAUGACCGGAUCCAUGGACGCGGACAAGUUGAGAGCGCUUCUGGAUAGCUUCGAGCAGGCGAAGCUUGUCAAGCUUCGUGCCGCGACGAUUAUCAAGAGCAUCGACAAAUUGGGGAAAUGGUCACCGGAACUACACUCCGCUGUCAUGUCCACGAGAUCCCUUGCCGAUCUCGAGCACAUUUACUCCUUGUACAAGCCCUCGGCGUCGAGACGACUUCUGGCGGAGAAAGCGCGCGGAUUGGGCCUGGGUGGUGCGGCCGAUGCGAUUUUACAGGGGCAGAACGUACCGUCGUUGGCGUCCUUGGUGGACGAACAGAGGGAGGGUUUGCGAAACGAGCAAGAGGUGAGAAGCGGCAUCGUGCACAUAAUAGCGGAUGUCAUCAGCAAGGACAAGGAGACCUUCGACAAGGUGACGUUCCUUCGGAAAACGUCGACCAUCGAGAUACAAACGGCGCAAUGUAAAACGGCGGAGGAUUCGAGCAACGCGAACGGGCAGAAGUACGAGCAGUACUUCAAUUUCAAGUCGAACGUGAACAUCGUUAAGCCGCAUCACAUAUUGGCGAUCAAUCGGGCCGAGUCGCAGAAGAUCAUCAGCGUGAAGAUCGUCGUGUCCGACGCUUUCGAGCGCGAGUUCAAGAGGCAUUGCUUGUCGCGGUACACGCAGGAGCGAGGAGGGAAAAAAACAUUCCAUUGGGAUUUACUCGACGAGAGUAUCGAUCACGCUUACAAAAAGCUGAUCAAGCCGCAGAUGAUACGUCGCAUAAGGAGCGAGAUGAAGGAGAACGCGGAGAAAGCGUCCAUAGAGGUUUUCGCGACCAAUGUCAAGCAGCUGCUGCUCACCCCGCCCGUGCGGGGUCAAGUCGUUCUCGGCGUAGACCCGGGCUACCGUCACGGGUGCAAGCUCGCCGUCGUGUCGGGGCAGGGCGACCUUCUCGAGACCGCCGUGAUAUAUCCGCACAAUAACCAUCCGUCGGCAUUCAGAGAUGCGGCCGGCGCGCUAGCGAAAUUAAUGAACAAAUACAGAUGCACGGUAAUAGCUCUGGGAAACGCCACGGCGUGCCGGGAGACCGAGCUGUUUCUGACAAAAGUAAUUGGGUCGAAGGUGCUCGGCUCGCUGAACGCGAUGUACACCAUUGUUGACGAGUGCGGGGCCUCGAUUUACAGUUGUAGCCCGCAGGCGAAAUCCGAGUUCCCGGAUCUCGAUCCGAACCUGGUGUCGGCUAUCUCGAUAGCGAGACGCCUGCAGGACCCGCUGGCGGAAUUAGUUAAGAUAGAGCCCAAGCAUUUAGGAGUCGGGAUGUAUCAACACGAUCUACCUGAGACGAAACUGACGAAGACGCUAUCCGAAGUUAUCACAGAGGUUGUGAGUUUUGUAGGGGUCGAUAUCAAUACAGCUUCGCAUUAUCUUCUGCAACGACUAGCCGGCCUCACGCUUUCCAGAUCCACUAAGAUCAUAGAAUGGCGAACCAAGAAUGGACCGUUCCGAAAUAGAGAGCAGUUGUUGAAGGUGAAGGGUAUCGGUAGCAAAACGUUUGAACAGUGUGUCGGAUUCAUAAGGAUUCUGCCGGAGACGGCGAUGGUUAGCGAAACGUCGUCGGAGCGGAGCAAGAGAUCGGAGAGCGACUUUAAUCCCCUGGAUCAGACGUGGAUCCAUCCGGAGUCGUACGCGUUAGCGAAUAAAUUCGUGAAACACUGCCAAUGCGACCUGAACGAUAUCGGCACUCCGGCGUUUAUCGAGAGGAUAAAUUUUCACGCGAGGACUGGAUGCAGGGAGCUAGCCGAGCAGUUCGGCACCUUCGAGUCCACGAUGGAGACGAUGAUUAAAGCUCUGACCAUGCAGAAGGACGAGGACAUACGAUCGAAGUUGAACCAGCCGCUGUUCCGCAACAGCGUGCGGCGUAUCGAAGAUUUGACCGUCGGCACCGUAUUGAGCGGCGUCGUGCGGAACGUCACGCAUUUCGGAUCAUUUGUAGACGUGGGCGUUGGUAAGGAGGGACUGAUACACGUCACUCGUAUGAAGAGAGAUCUGCAUAUAGGCGAGCGUGUGGAGGUGAAGGUAGUUACCAUCGAACUGGCACGUCAAAGGAUUGGUCUCGAGUUGAUCAAUUAACGCUAAUCUAAUACACGUAAUCGCGUCGAUUACUCUUUCCGGUGUUACGUAUUACGAUUAAAAAUUUGUUCUGGUGCUCUCAGGAGUAUUUUGCUUUAAUUUAUAUUCACAUGUUGUUGUAUAGCUUAUCUUAAAAUUGAAACGAAAAGAUAAUCGACUUUUAUUUUAUCAAUAUCACGAUAUCCGUCGAACGGAAGUAAGUCGAACCGUCUUGUGAUAUAUUUGUGUUAUUUUGGAAGUAAAGAAAAGUAAUACUGUUGCGUUGACGAUGUAUGAGUAUAUAUAUAUAUUUUUUUUUUAGAUAAUAUUCACGAGCUGAAUAUUCGGUUUUUCUUAUGGCAAACUUAACAAUGUUUCACGAUAUAGGUAACAGUAAUAAAUAUUCAACAUUUUUUUAUAAAUAAUUCUUGUUCCAAAUUUCACGACUUUAAUGAUUACUAUCUAAUGUUAUUCUUUUAUUUUGAUGGUUGUAGUUUAUUCUACCUAUUUGUUCUUGUUACAACUCUCUUACAACACUUCCCGUAGUUUAUCUCAGAGAAAUGGAUUCCACUUUAUGUCGUGCAAUGCGACCGCCUAAAACGGGGGAACUCUAUAUGCGCGGUUGCGGAGAGUUCGUAAAACGAAUUCAAGUCACGUGCUAACGUGCCUUUUCCCUUGCUGCUAGCAAAAGUACAGUCGACUACAAGGGGUGGGGGGAGAGGAGAAAGGAGGGUGUAUUCCGCAUUGAAUGCUGCAGGAAGAAGGUCGCAAUUGCGACGAACGGACAAUCGUUGUUUAAUCUCUUAUUUCUUAAGACGGAUUUUUUUUUUACCGAGAGUAAAAGAUCAAGAUUCGUCGACUAAUCAAUUCUAGCUCAUUUAUUGAAUUGAUGAUAAUGAAUUUUAUCGCGUUGCCAAAUUUAAUUUUAUUAUUAUGACGCAUCGGAAUAUGAACAAAAAAUACGUAUGAUAAAUACAAUUGGAUGUUUUAGAGAUCCUGAAGUGAUCAAACAUUAUCCAAGCUAGCAAUGGCAUAUUAAUUUUCCAACUUUAAAAGUCCUUUAAAACGAAGCUUCGUGAGAGAUUUUAUUUUUUGUUUUUUAUCUUUUUUUUCACGUAGGAUCUUUUUCUCUCCGUUUGUAUCGCCGCUAAGAAAGUAUCAUUCUAUAUACAGUAGACGCGAUUGGCAUGAAUACGAUUUUAUUAUUAGCCUCAUACUUGAUUUUUUUGUCUUUCUUUAAAACACACUCCUCGUUUCGCCUCGUCCCUGAAAGUUUUAGCAUGCAAUCUGCGAAUUCUAUCCCGCUAUCGGGAAAGUUCGGGCGCAUACCAUUCCGUUCUGUUCGCUGUUGUCUCGAACCUCGGCUACAUUUUGCAUGAGGAGUACACUGUAUACGCCGAAUAGCUCGCUUUAGGCAGGAUUUAAGAACGUGCCCAUGCCCCCGGCGGAAAAUCCGCAUUUGAUCGUUAUUUUCGGAAUCGAGAAGCAACGAUCUUUCGUUGCUUCUGCUCUCCUAUUUACAAUCGUGAACAUGCAAUGUAUGCAAUCAGUUCUUUCAAACGCGAUGUUUACGAUAAAAAAGUAGGCAAUUAAAAUAAAAUGGAAGCUUAGAAUUUUUAGGAGCGAGGAUUAGAAAUAUUGCCUCUUAAAAAUAUUUUUUCAAAUUCAAGUUGUAAAAUUGUAGCAAAUGCUACAAUUGUUUAAGAUAAUAUAUAUACUGUUCUGUAAAAUUUAAAAACGAAAUGUUUCUAAAAAUAUUCUUAUCUGAUCGAUAUGGUAUGUAUUUAUAAACAUUUAUGUAAUUUUUGAUAUAAAUUUUGAUUGAGUAAAAAUGAGAGUUUUAU